AUGAUCGCGAGCUUUGGACAAAUAUUGCAGUUUUGCACCGUUUGGUUUUCUGAAACUCAACAAAGUGUGAUGGUUACAAAAUUAGGCUAUUGCCUAUCACUGGUGUUUUUAUGUUUAUACUGUUUUCCGGAGUACUCGCAAACAGCAAAGUCUCCCGGCUUCACAUAUUCUGAUUUUUUUGCAAAACAGCAAAACAGCACGCGACAAGCGUGCGGAUCAAAUUGUGGUGAUUUAACUAUAUCCGGAACAGCAACUACAGACGGUUUGACACCUUCCGAUAAUUUAUACUUCAUCUAUGGAACGGACGCCAAUGGAUGCCAAACAGCUACCAUUGCUUGUACGGGAGGAGAAAUGGUCCUUCUAGGAUUUUUCCCAACUGAUUGUAGCGACGAUGCAUGCUACAUUGCUAUCGACAUGACAACAACCACUGGAACAAUUGAAGGACAAAUGACGUGCACUGCAGCUGGAUGGGGUGAAGCUGGCAGUGGUACAGGAGUGGAAGGAAAUUCGAUAUAUUGCGAAGUCCUUGAAUUCAUUCCUCCAACAACAACGGUGACAACAACCACAGCUACUAGUACAACAACUCAACCAACGACAACCACUACCACUGCUACUAGUACAACAACUGAACCAACGACAACCACUACCACUGCAACCACCAAGACCACUGAACCAACGACAACCACAACCACAGCUACCACCACGACCACUGAACCAACGACAACCACUACCACUGCAACCACCACGACCACUGAACCAACGACAACCACUACCACUGCAACCACCACGACAACUGAACCAACGACAACCACUACCACAGCUACCAGCACGACCACUGAACCGACAACAACCACUACUACCGCUACUAGCACAACCACUGAACCAACGACAACCACUACCACAGCUACCAGCACAACCACUGAGCCGACGACAACCACAACCACAGCUACUAGUACAACCACUGAACCAACGACAACCACAACCACCGCAACCACCACGACCACUGAACCAACGACAACCACAACCACUGCAACCACCACGACCACUGAACCAACGACAACCACUACCACAGCUACCAGCACGACCACUGAGCCGACGACAACCACUACUACCGCUACUAGUACAACCACUGAACCAACGACAACCACUACCAGAGCUACCAGCACAACCACUGAACCAACGACAACCACAACCACAGCUACUAGUACAACCACUGAACCAACGACAACCACAACCACAGCUACUAGUACAACAACUGAACCAACGACAACCACAACCACCGCAACCACCACGACCACUGAACCAACGACAACCACUACCACAGCUACCAGCACGACCACUGAGCCGACGACAACCACUACUACCGCUACUAGUACAACCACUGAACCAACGACAACCACAACCACAGCUACCAGCACAACCACUGAACCAACGACAACCACAACCACAGCUACUAGUACAACCACUGAACCAACGACAACCACAACCACAGCUACUAGUACAACAACUGAACCAACGACAACCACAACCACCGCAACCACCACGACCACUGAACCAACGACAACCACAACCACUGCGACAAGCACGACCACUGAACCAACGACAACCACAACCACAGCUACUAGCACAACCACUGAGCCGACGACAACCACUACCACUGCAACAAGCACGACAACUGAACCAACGACAACCACUACCACAGCUACCAGCACGACCACUGAGCCGACGACAACCACUACUACCGCUACUAGUACAACCACUGAACCAACGACAACCACAACCACAGCUACCAGCACAACCACUGAACCAACGACAACCACAACCACAGCUACUAGUACAACCACUGAACCAACGACAACCACAACCACAGCUACUAGUACAACAACUGAACCAACGACAACCACAACCACCGCAACCACCACGACCACUGAACCAACGACAACCACAACCACUGCGACAAGCACGACCACUGAACCAACGACAACCACAACCACAGCUACUAGCACAACCACUGAGCCGACGACAACCACUACCACUGCAACAAGCACGACAACUGAACCAACGACAACCACUACCACAGCUACCAGCACAACCACUGAACCAACGACAACCACAACCACAGCUACUAGUACAACCACUGAACCAACGACAACCACAACCACAGCUACUAGAACAACAACUGAACCAACGACAACCACAACCACAGCUACCAGCACAACCACUGAGCCAACGACAACCACUACUACCGCUACUAGCACAACCACUGAACCAACGACAACCACUACUACCGCUACUAGCACAACCACCGAACCGACGACAACCACAACCACUGCGACAAGCACGACCACUGAACCAACGACAACCACUACCACAGCUACUAGUACAACCACCGAGCCGACGACAACCACUACCACAGCUACUAGUACAACCACCGAGCCGACGACAACCACUACCACAGCUACUAGUACAACCACCGAGCCGACGACAACCACAACCACUGCGACAAGCACGACCACUGAACCAACGACAACCACAACCACAGCUACCAGCACAACCACUGAACCAACGACAACCACAACCACAGCUACUAGCACAACCACUGAGCCGACGACAACCACUACCACUGCAACAAGCACGACAACUGAACCAACGACAACCACUACCACAGCUACCAGCACAACCACUGAACCAACGACAACCACUACUACAGCUACUAGUACCACCACUGAACCAACGACAACCACUACUACAGCUACUAGUACCACCACUGAACCAACGACAACCACAACCACUGAACCAACGACAACCACUACUACAGCUACUAGUACCACCACUGAACCAACGACAAUCACAACCACUGAACCAACGACAACCACUACUACAGCUACUAGUACCACCACUGAACCAACGACAACCACUACUACAGCUACUAGUACCACCACUGAACCAACGACAACCACAACCACUGAACCAACGACAACCACUACUACAGCUACUAGUACCACCACUGAACCAACGACAACCACUACUACAGCUACUACUACUAGCACAACCACUGAGCCGACGACAACCACAACUACAGCUACUAGUACAACCACUGAACCAACGACAACCACAACCACUGAACCAACGACAACCACUACCACAGCUACCAGCACAACCACUGCAACAAGUACGACCACUGAACCAACGACAACCACUACUACCGCUACUAGCACGACCACUGAACCAACGACAACCACUACUACCGCUACUAGCACAACCACUGAGCCGACGACAACCACAACUACAGCUACUAGUACAACCACUGAACCAACGACAACCACUACUACCGCUACUAGCACAACCACUGAGCCGACGACAACCACAACCACAGCUACUAGUACAACCACUGAACCGACAACAACCACUACCACUGCUACUAGUACAACAACUGAACCAACGACAACCACUACCACUGCAACCACCACGACCACUGAACCAACGACAACCACAACCACAGCUACCACCACGACCACUGAACCAACGACAACCACUACCACUGCAACCACCACGACCACUGAACCAACGACAACCACUACCACUGCAACCACCACGACAACUGAACCAACGACAACCACUACCACAGCCACCAGCACGACCACUGAGCCGACAACAACCACUACUACCGCUACUAGCACAACCACUGAACCAACGACAACCACUACCACAGCUACCAGCACAACCACUGAGCCGACGACAACCACAACCACAGCUACUAGUACAACCACUGAACCAACGACAACCACAACCACCGCAACCACCACGACCACUGAACCAACGACAACCACUACUACCGCUACUAGUACAACCACUGAACCAACGACAACCACUACCACAGCUACCAGCACAACCACUGAGCCAACGACAACCACAACCACUGCAACCACCACGACCACUGAACCAACGACAACCACAACCACCGCAACCACCACGACCACUGAACCAACGACAACCACUACCACAGCUACCAGCACAACCACUGAGCCAACGACAACCACAACCACUGCAACCACCACGACCACUGAACCAACGACAACCACAACCACCGCAACCACCACGACCACUGAACCAACGACAACCACUACCACAGCUACCAGCACGACCACUGAGCCGACGACAACCACUACUACCGCUACUAGUACAACCACUGAACCAACGACAACCACAACCACCGCAACCACCACGACCACUGAACCAACGACAACCACAACCACUGCAACCACCACGACCACUGAACCAACGACAACCACUACCACAGCUACCACCACGACCACUGAACCAACGACAACCACAACCACUGCAACCACCACGACCACUGAGCCAACGACAACCACAACCACUGCAACCACAACCACAGCUACUAGUACAACUACUGAACCAACGACAACCACAACCACAGCUACUAGUACAACCACCGAGCCGACGACAACCACUACCACUGCAACCACCACGACCACUGAACCAACGACAACCACAACCACAGCUACUAGUACAACCACUGAACCAACGACAACCACAACCACAGCUACCAGCACAACCACUGAACCAACGACAACCACUACCACAGCUACCAGCACGACCACUGAGCCGACGACAACCACUACUACCGCUACUAGUACAACCACUGAACCAACGACAACCACAACCACAGCUACUAGUACAACCACUGAACCAACGACAACCACAACCACAGCUACUAGUACAACAACUGAACCAACGACAACCACAACCACCGCAACCACCACGACCACUGAACCAACGACAACCACUACCACAGCUACCAGCACGACCACUGAGCCGACGACAACCACAACCACAGCUACUAGCACAACCACUGAGCCGACGACAACCACUACCACUGCAACAAGCACAACAACUGAACCAACGACAACCACUACCACAGCUACUACUACAACCACUGAGCCGACGACAACCACAACUACAGCUACUAGUACAACCACUGAACCAACGACAACCACUACUACAGCUACUAGUACCACCACUGAACCAACGACAACCACAACCACUGAACCAACGACAACCACUACUACAGCUACUAGUACAACCACUGAACCAACGACAACCACAACCACAGCUACUAGAACAACAACUGAACCAACGACAACCACAACCACUGCAACAAGCACGACAACUGAACCAACGACAACCACUACCACAGCUACCAGCACAACCACUGAACCAACGACAACCACAACCACAGCUACUAGUACAACCACUGAACCAACGACAACCACAACCACUGCGACAAGCACGACCACUGAACCAACGACAACCACAACCACAGCUACUAGCACAACCACUGAGCCGACAACAACCACUACAACUGCAACAAGCACGACCACCGAACCAACGACAACCACAACCACAGCUACUAGCACAACCACUGAGCCGACGACAACCACUACCACUGCAACAAGCACGACAACUGAACCAACGACAACCACUACCACAGCUACCAGCACAACCACUGAACCAACGACAACCACUACUACAGCUACUAGUACAACCACUGAACCAACGACAACCACAACCACAGCUACUAGAACAACAACUGAACCAACGACAACCACAACCACAGCUACUAGCACAACCACUGAGCCGACGACAACCACUACCACUGCAACAAGCACGACAACUGAACCAACGACAACCACUACCACAGCUACCAGCACAACCACUGAACCAACGACAACCACAACCACAGCUACUAGUACAACCACUGAACCAACGACAACCACAACCACAGCUACUAGUACAACCAAUGAACCAACGACAACCACAACCACAGCUACUAGAACAACAACUGAACCAACGACAACCACAACCACUGCAACAAGCACGACAACUGAACCAACGACAACCACUACCACAGCUACCAGCACAACCACUGAACCAACGACAACCACAACCACAGCUACUAGUACAACCACUGAACCAACGACAACCACAACCACUGCGACAAGCACGACCACUGAACCAACGACAACCACAACCACAGCUACUAGCACAACCACUGAGCCGACAACAACCACUACAACUGCAACAAGCACGACCACCGAACCAACGACAACCACAACCACAGCUACUAGCACAACCACUGAGCCGACGACAACCACUACCACUGCAACAAGCACGACAACUGAACCAACGACAACCACUACCACAGCUACCAGCACAACCACUGAACCAACGACAACCACUACUACAGCUACUAGUACAACCACUGAACCAACGACAACCACAACCACAGCUACUAGAACAACAACUGAACCAACGACAACCACAACCACAGCUACUAGCACAACCACUGAGCCGACGACAACCACUACCACUGCAACAAGCACGACAACUGAACCAACGACAACCACUACCACAGCUACCAGCACAACCACUGAACCAACGACAACCACAACCACAGCUACUAGUACAACCACUGAACCAACGACAACCACAACCACAGCUACUAGUACAACCACUGAACCAACGACAACCACAACCACAGCUACUAGAACAACAACUGAACCAACGACAACCACUACUACCGCUACUAGCACAACCACUGAACCAACGACAACCACUACUACCGCUACUAGCACAACCACCGAACCGACGACAACCACAACCACUGCGACAAGCACGACCACUGAACCAACGACAACCACUACCACAGCUACUAGUACAACCACCGAGCCGACGACAACCACAACCACAGCUACCAGCACAACCACUGAGCCAACGACAACCACUACUACCGCUACUAGCACAACCACUGAACCAACGACAACCACUACUACCGCUACUAGCACAACCACCGAACCGACGACAACCACAACCACUGCGACAAGCACGACCACUGAACCAACGACAACCACUACCACAGCUACUAGUACAACCACCGAGCCGACGACAACCACUACCACAGCUACUAGUACAACCACCGAGCCGACGACAACCACUACCACAGCUACUAGUACAACCACCGAGCCGACGACAACCACAACCACUGCGACAAGCACGACCACUGAACCAACGACAACCACUACCACAGCUACUAGUACAACCACUGAACCAACGACAACCACAACCACAGCUACUAGCACAACCACUGAGCCGACGACAACCACUACCACUGCAACAAGCACGACAACUGAACCAACGACAACCACUACCACAGCUACCAGCACAACCACUGAACCAACGACAACCACUACUACAGCUACUAGUACCACCACUGAACCAACGACAACCACUACUACAGCUACUAGUACCACCACUGAACCAACGACAACCACAACCACUGAACCAACGACAACCACUACUACAGCUACUAGUACCACCACUGAACCAACGACAACCACAACCACUGAACCAACGACAACCACUACCACAGCUACUAGCACAACCACUGAACCAACGACAACCACAACCACUGAACCAACGACAACCACUACCACAGCUACCAGCACAACCACUGAACAAACGACAACCACUACCACCGCUACUAGCACAACCACUAAGCCGACGACAACCACAACCACUGCAACAAGCACGACCACUGAACCAACGACAACCACAACCACAGCUACUAGCACAACCACUGAGCCGACGACAACCACUACUACCGCUACUAGCACAACCACUGAACAAACGACAACCACUACUACCGCUACUAGCACAACCACUAAGCCGACGACAACCACAACCACUGCAACAAGCACGACCACUGAACCAACGACAACCACAACUACAGCUACUAGUACAACCACUGAACCAACGACAACCACAACCACAGCUACUACACAACCACUGAACCAACGACAACCACAACCACAGCUACUAGUACAACCACUGAACCAACGACAACCACAACCACUGCGACAAGCACGACCACUGAACCAACGACAACCACAACCACAGCUACUAGCACAACCACUGAGCCGACGACAACCACUACCACUGCAACAAGCACAACCACUGAACCAACGACAACCACAACCACAGCAACUAGCACAACCACUGACACGACAACCACUACCACUGCAACAAGCACAACCACUGAACCAACGACAACCACUACCACUACAACCACAGACAACCACAACCACUGAACCAACGACAACCACUACCACAGCUACUAGCACAACCACUGAACCAACGACAACCACAACCGCUACUACCACAGCUACCAGCACAACCACUGAACCAACGACAACCACAACCACAGCUACUAGCACAACACUGAACCAACGACAACCACAACCACAGCUACUGACAACCACUACCACUGCAACAAGCACGACCACUGAACCAACGACAACCACUACCACAGCUACCAGCACAACCACUGAACCAACGACAACCACAACUACAGCUACUAGUACAACCACUGAACCAACGACAACCACAACCACGACAACACAACCACUGAACCAACGACAACCACAACCAAGCUACAGCACAACCACUGAACCAACGACAACACUACUACCGCUACUAGCACAACCACUGAACCAACGACAACCACUACCACCGCUACUAGCACAACCACUGAACCAACGACAACCACUACCACAGCUACUAGCACAACCACUGAGCCAACGACAACCACUACCACAGCUACUAGCACAACCACUGACACCAACGACAACCACUACUACCGCUACUAGCACAACCACUGAACCAACGACAACCACUACCACCGCUACUAGUACAACCACUGAACCGACGACAACCACAACCACUGCUACAAGCACGACCACUGAACCAACGACAACCACUACCACAGCUACUACACAACCACUGAACCGACGACAACCACUACCACUGCACAACAGCACGACCACUGAACCAACGACAACCACUACCACAGCUACUAGUACAACCACUGAACCAACGACAACCACUACUACUACAGCUACUAGCACAACCACUGAACCAACGACAACCACUACUACCGCUACUAGCACAACCACUGAACCAACGACAACCACUACAGCUACACGACCAACAACGCAACUACUACCACCGCUACUAGCACAACCACUGAACCAACGACAACCACUACCACAGCUACUAGCACAACCACUGAACCAACGACAACCACUACUACCGCUACUAGUACAACCACUGAACCAACGACAACCACAACCACUGAACCAACGACAACCACUACUACCGCUACUAGCACAACCACAACCACUGAACCAACGACAACCACUACUACAGCUACUAGCACAACCACUGAACCAACGACAACCACUACUACCGCUACUAGCACAACCACUGAACCGACGACAACCACAACCACUGCAACCAGCACGACCACUGAACAACACACAACCACACGCUACUAGCACAACCACUGAACCAACGACAACCACUACUACCGCUACUAGCACAACCACUGAACCAACGACAACCACUACUACAGCUACAACCACUGACUACCACGCACAACCAACCACUGAACCAACGACAACCACUACUACAGCUACUAGCACAACCACUGAACCAACGACAACCACAACCACUGAACCAACGACAACCACUGAACCAACGACAACCACUACUACAGCUACUAGCACAACCACCACCACUGAACCAAGCACAACCACUGAACCAACGACAACCACUACCACAGCUACUAGCACAACCACUGAGCCGACGACAACCACUACUACAGCUACUACACAACCACUGAACCAACGACAACCACUACCACCGCUACUAGCACGACCACUGAGCCGACGACAACCACUACCACUGCAACAAGCACGACCACUGAACCAACGACAACCACAACCACUACGACAACAACCACUGAACCAACGACAACCACUACUACCGCUACUAGCACAACCACUGAACCAACGACAACCACUACCACUGCAACAAGCACGACCACUGAACCAACGACAACCACUACCACUGCUACAAGACACGACCACUGAGCCGACGACAACCACUACCACUGCAACAAGCACAACCACUGAACCAACGACCACUGAACCACGACAACCGCUACCAGCACGACCACUGAGCCGACGACAACCACAACCACAGCUACUAGUACAACCACUGAACCAACGACAACCACUACCACCGCUACUAGCACAACCACUGAACCAACGACAACCACUACCACUGCAACAAGCACGACCACUGAACCAACGACAACCACUACCACUGCACUACAGCACGACCACUGAACCAACGACAACCACUACCACAGCAACAAGCACAACCACUGAGCCGACGACAACCACUACCACUGCAACAAGCACGACACCACUGAACCAACGACAACCACUACCACAGCUACCAGCACAACCACUGAACCAACGACAACCACAACCACAGCUACUACUACUAGUACAACCACUGAACCAACGACAACCACAACCACAGCUACUAGCACAACAACUGAACCAACGACAACCACAACCACAGCUACCAGCACAACCACUGAACCAACGACACAACCCACUCACUACCACAGCUACUAGCACAACCACUGAACCAACGACAACCACAACCACAGCUACUAGCACAACCACUGAACCAACGACGAACCAACGACAACCACAACCACUGCCAACACAAACCACAACUAGACAACCACUCCGACAAGCACGACCACUGAACCAACGAACCAACGACAACCACUACCACAGCUACUAUACAACCACCGAGCCGACGACAACCACAACCACUGCGACAAGCACGACCACUGAACCAACGGCAACCACAACCACAGCUACUAGUACAACCACUGAACCAACGACAACCACAACCACAGCUUCUAGUACAUCCACUGAACCGACGACAACCACUACCACUGCAACCAGCACGACCACUGAACCGACGACAACCACAACCACAGCUACUAGUACAACCACUGAACCAACAACAACCACUACUACCGCUACUAGCACAACCACUGAACCAACGACAACCACUACCACUGCAACAAGCACGACCACUGAGCCGACGACAACCACAACCACUGCAACCAGCACGACUACCGAACCAACAACAACAACAACCACUGCAACAAGCACGACCACUGAACCAACGACAACCACUACCACUGCAACAAGCACGACCACUGAGCCGACGACAACCACUACCACUGCAACAAGCACGACCACUGAGCCGACAACAACCACUACUACCGCUACUAGCACAACCACUGAACCAACGACAACCACUACCACUGCAACAAGCACGACCACUGAACCGACGACAACCACUACCACUGCAACCAGCACGACUACCGAACCAACAACAACAACAACCACUGCAACAAGCACGACCACUGAACCAACGACAACCACUACCACUGCAACAAGCACGACCACUGAGCCGACGACAACCACUACCACUGCAACAAGCACGACCACUGAGCCGACAACAACCACUACCACAGCUACUAGUACAACCACUGAGCCGACGACAACCACUACCACUGCAACAAGCACGACCACUGAACCAACCACAGCUACUAGUACAACCACUGAACCAGCGACAACCACUACUACCGCUACUAGCACAACCACUGAACCAACGACAACCACUACCACUGCAACAAGCACGACCACUGAACCAACGACAACCACUACCACUGCAACAAGCACGACCACUGAGCCGACGACAACCACUACUACCGCUACUAGCACAACCACUGAGCCGACGACAACCACAACCACAGCUACUAGUACAACCACUGAACCAACGACAACCACAACCACUGCAACAAGCACGAAAUCUGAGCCAUCUACAACUCCAUCUACUGACUGUUGUCCCAAUGGCGGAUUUUGGAGUAAAUGGGAAGCUGAUGGACCAUGUCCGACCUCUUGUGGAUCUUGCUCGCAGCAAGUUCACAGAAGGAAAUGUUUAUCUCUACCAAACUGUCCUUGCAGCGGAGAAGAUAAAGUCAUCAUGAACUGCAACAUCGGAGUAUGCUAUUUCCCAUUAGAUUCCUGCUGUAAACCGUAUAGAGCAACUGUCGCCUUCAAACGUCACGUUUGUGGAAAUCAGCCUAAUGUUACAUUGGAGGAUAAUAACGACAAAUCUUGUUGCCCUAAAAAUGGUAUCUGGAAUGAAUGGCAAGAAUGGUCGGACUGUACUGGAACAAAUUGUGGAAAGUGUGAUGGCACUCGACGUAGAACUCGAUCGUGUGCUUCUGCAGAUUUCUGCCCCUGUGUUGGUGAUGAUGCUGAAUCUGAACCAUGUCGGACAUUGGGUUCCUGGACAGAGUGGACUACAACUGACACCUGCAACCAAACAUAUUGUGGAGGAUGUAAGGUGUUGAAAUACACUAGAUCCUGCACAAAAACAAACGGAUGUUUCUGCAUCGGAAAAGACACGAAGUACAAAUUUUGCAAUACUAUCCCAUGCACUACUGGUCCCAGAUGCUGCAACAAUUUGACCGAAAUCACUGUUAAUGGUCUUACAUUAUGUGGACCUCUAGAAACUGAAACUGAUAGCGAAGACGUCGACCGUGUACCAUGUGAUACAACAACACCUGCUUGUUGUGUCCUUGGAGGAGUAUGGUCAGAAUGGUCAUCUGGCGAAUCAUGCAAUGACACUUGCGGAAACUGCGGAAUUUCAAAAGUUUCAAGAAUAUGCUUAUCAGAGGAUUAUGGAUGUCCUUGCCGUGGAAGAGCAACAAAAGAAGCAGAGUGUGCUCCAAAGCUUUGUGUAUUCCCACGAGAUACUUGUUGUGGUGGAAGAACUAAAGUUAUUGGUCCCUACAAAUCAUUUGAAUGUUCAAAAGGAGACGACAGUGACAUUCCCCCAUCGGAUCUUUGUGCGACGGAUUGUUGUCCUUCCAGUGGAGGAUAUUGGUCAGAAUGGAGUUCGGGAAGUGCGUGCCCGACAUCUUGUGGUUCAUGUUCGACUGUCACCCAAAGACGUAUUUGUCUUUCUCCUGAUUCUUGUCCAUGCAGAGGAGAGGAUAAGAGAGAAGUGUAUUGUGGGAUCGGAGUAUGUUAUUUCCCUCAUGAUUCUUGUUGUGCACCAUUUAGAGCAACAGUUAGAGGCAAUAGGCACAUAUGUGGACCACAGCCUAAUUAUAACACGACUUAUAAACCGUACGAUCCAAAUUGCACAAAUGCAUGCUGCCCCGAAACAGGAAUAUGGUCGGAAUGGACGGUUUCACCAGCUCAAUGUCGGGACUAUUGCGGAUCAUGUGGUAACCAGACGAAAACGAGAACGUGCUUGUCAGAAGCAGAUGGAUGUCCUUGCCAGGGUCCCACCACAAUCACCGAGCAAUGCGGAACAGGUGUCUGCUAUUUCCCACGACUCAGUUGCUGCCCUGGAUUUUCGGCAACAGUUGAAGGAAAGCGACACGUUUGCGGGCCAUUGAAAAAACCGGAAGAAGACCCGGACAAAUUGAACACUUGCGGUGUAGAUUGUUGUCCGUCAAAAGGAAUUUGGGGAGAAUGGGUCGCAUAUGUGCGUUGUAAUGAUACCUGCGGAGCAUGCGGAAUUGAAAAACGAAGAAGAAAAUGUUUAUCUUUGCAAUACGGUUGUCCAUGCACGGGAGAAAGCGAGGAUGUCGCAACAUGCGGAUUUAAUUUGUGUACCUUCCCACGUCAUACAUGUUGCACUGGCUUUAAGAAAAUGAUUAACGCUACUGCAAAAGAGUUCUACUGUGGACCCAAGAUAAUUGAACCUCCUUCCAAUCCCGAGCAAACUACGUGUUGCGAUCCAGAAGGAAAAGGUUUAUGGAAUCAAUGGAAAUCAUGGUCAGCAUGCACAGCAAAGUGUGGAUUGUGUGGAGUGCAAUCCAGGAACAGAACGUGCGCAUCGGGACCUUACGGAUGUCCAUGCACAGGGGAAAGUUUGGAAACGAGGAAAUGCGGUGCUGUUGCUUGCUUCACUGGAGAGAAAUGUUGUGCUGGAACAUAUUUAGCCACGGGGUAUGACGGAACUCAGUACUGCCAAGCAAAACCAGUAGAGGUUUGUCAAGGAACAUGGACAGAAUGGACCACGCCUAAAGGGGCAAUUUGCAACGACACUUGUGGAAAUUGCGGAAAAAUAGAGAAAAUAAGAUAUUGUUUCCCGUCUGGAUGUCAAUGCGGAGGUAGUGGACUAUACACCGAUUACGACGCUUGUGCACCAAAUCUCUGCACUUUCCCUAGAAAGACGUGCUGUGCUCCGUACAAGAAAAAGAUUGCCAACAAGAAAUUUGUGUGUGCUUAA